CCUCAACACACACAUAGCAUUAGUUGAGUUCAAGUUUCUCAUUCCCUAAACAGAUUGUGAUCGAUGAGAUAGAAAGAGACACAAUCAAAGAGAAAAAGAGAGAGAAAAAUGCAUGCCAAGACAGACUCGGAGGUUACAAGCCUUGCUGCUUCAUCUCCAACAAGAUCACCUCCUCGUCGCCCUCUCUACUAUGUUCAAAGUCCUUCAAGAGAUUCUCACGAUGGUGAGAAAACUGCUACUACUUCAUUCCAUUCCACACCUGUUCUUAGCCCUGUGGCUUCCCCUCCUCACUCUCGCCACUCCUCUUCAACACGCUUCUCCAAAAAGGAUCACCAUAGUCAUAGCCUCAAAACAUGGAAGCAAAUCGAUGUCAUUGAAGAAGAAGGUCUUCUACAAGGGGAUGAUCGCCACAACACUUUACCUCGUCGCUGCUACUUCCUUGCUUUUGUUCUUGGCUUCCUUCUUCUCUUCUCCCUCUUCUCACUCAUCCUCUGGGGUGCUAGUAGACCUAUGAAGCCUAAGAUCUCCAUUAAGAGCAUAAAGUUUGAUAGUCUAAGGGUUCAAGCUGGUUCGGAUUCAACUGGGGUGGCCACUGAUAUGAUCACCAUGAAUUCCACUUUGAAAUUCACAUACCGCAACACUGGCACUUUCUUUGGUGUUCAUGUUUCAUCUACGCCCGUAGAACUUUCCUAUUCAGAAAUCGUGAUUGCUUCGGGGAAUAUGGAGGAGUUUUAUCAGUCUAGGAAGAGCCAAAGGUUGGUGAGUGUAGCAGUUAUGGGUAACAAGAUCCCUUUGUAUGGAAGCGGUGCUAGCUUGAGCAGCACAACGGGUUUGCCCACAGUGCCAGUGCCAUUGAACCUAAACUUUGUGCUAAGAUCUAGGGCUUAUGUGUUGGGGAAAUUGGUGAAGCCUAAGUAUUAUAAGACUAUUCAAUGUUCCAUCACUUUGGAUCCCAAGAAGCUUAAUGCUCCAGUUUCCCUGAAGAAUUCAUGCACAUAUGAUUGAUACAUGUGACAUAGAUGUAGUGGAAUGCACAUGUAAAAGAAUUAUUUGAAAAAUAAAUAAAAAUAAAAGAUUAUUUUAUGAUUAAUUGGUUGGGUUCUUUUGAUGUGCGGAAAGAAAUGGGGAUACAGCUCAGAGGGCAGCGUGACAAGGACGCGUUUUUGGGACUGUUUUGGCUGCCAAAUUGCCUCAAAUUGCGGAAAGACAGAGACAUGUUGGGUUCGGUAGAG